AUGGACUUGGACCAGCGUUUUGAGCAACUUUUCCAACAAAACUUCUCGGGAACGAACUUAAAUUCCCAAGAAAAGUUUUUUGGAAAUAUUGGCUUGAGUCCAUGGAAACUAUUUGAGAAUUUGGACUUGGUUGAGGACUUGAACACGACUGAAAACUUGGACCCGGUUGAGGACUUCGAAUGCAUUGAGAACUUGGACCCGACUGAGGACUUGGACACGGCUGAGGACUUGGACAUGGCUGGAAACUUUGACCCGGUCGAGGACUUUGAUGCGAUUGAAAAUUUGGAUCCGGCUGAGGUAUUGGACUCGACUGAGAACUUGAACUUGACUUAG